GCUGUCCGACUGACUGGUUUGGAUCUGGGUGUAAAUAUAAAUGUCGAUGUGAGAAUAACGCAUGUGAUACCAGUGGCCAGUGCACGGGCACUUCGAAGUGCAAGAAUGGAUGGUUCGGCCCCGCAUGCCAGUAUGUUGAUCUAGCCUACAACACUGAAAACGACCCAGCUGCAGUAGACAACGAUGACACUACGUGCUUUGCUAAAUUCGGGGUAACACAGGCACAAUUCACCUUGCCAGAACCAUUUUUCUUUACAUGGCUUAGAGUUGUUGUCCAUGAAGAUG